AUGGACGAUGGCUGUUGCACCAGUGGUGGCUCGUACAUUCUUCGGUUGGCGCUGCGUCUGCCCCGAGCGGGAGACGCCGCACCGGUAAGGGCAAGGGGGGCAAGGGUGCUGGACGGGCUGGCGGGGGUGGCGGAGGUGGCGGUGGAGGCAGUGGAGGGGGUGGGGGUGGUGGUGGGAGUGGUGGCGGGGGUUGAGGUGUCGGUGGCGGCAGUGGAGGCGGAGGCGGCGGCGGCGGUGGCGGUGGGAGCGGAGGUGGCGGAGGUGGCGGCGGUGGAGGAGGCGGCGGCGGAGGAGGUGGAGCUGGUCGGAGUGGCGCUGCGCAGAGGGUCGGCUCCAGUGGUGGUCAGCGCCAGCAGCAGCAGCAGCAGCGCACUCGUGACAUCCCCCCCCCCCUCAGCAGCUCCGUGA